AUGGCUUUUUGGGCCGAUGCAAGAAGUAGAGCUGCCUUUGAGUAUUUCGGAGAUGUUAUUUCAUUUGACACCACUUACAAUACAAACAGGGUGAAUCACCACGAAAAUGCUCCGAAAGGAUUUCUCACCAAUAAAUGCGCAUCAAUGAAAAGGGCUUUAGAGGCCUGUAUGCCAACAACAAUUCACCGUUGGUAUAUUUGGCACAUCAUGAAGAAGAUUCCAAGCAAAUUAAACGGCUAUAAAGGACAUGAAGAUAUUGAACAACAAAUGAGCCAAGUUGUUUGGAACUCUCAUAGUAAAGACUCAUUUGAUAGGAAUUGGAAUGAUUUUCUGCUGAAUUUUGGUCUUGCAGACAACAGGUGGCUUUCAGAUCUCUAUGAAGACCAUCAUAUAUGGCUCGCUUAUUCAAUUCGUCAACAAUACGAUAAUUGCCCCGGAAGCAGGGAGCAAGCAGAGAGAGAAUCAGAUACUGCAGAUUUUUAUACGGUCAUACCAUGUGCAACCAAAUCCUCCAUUGAAGCUCAGUUUCAAGAUGUGUACACUCAUCAAAAGUUUAGGGAAGUCCAAGCGCAAUUAAGAGGAAAGGUGAAUUGCAUCACUAGAUUAACGAAUUCUGCUCUAGGCUAUUCAGUAUAUGAGGUUGGAGAACAAGUUUUCAGCUCAAUAUUCAACAAGUUUGUGGUUACUUACGACUUAGUUGCAGCCGAGAUAAAAUGCCAAUGCUUAUUAUUUGAAUCGAGAGGGAUACUGUGUCGUCACGCACUAAGCGUGUUAAGCUUUGAACAAGUAAGCCAAGUGUCACCUAGAUAUAUACUGGAACGAUGGAGCAAGAAGAUAAACGUGUUUGAUGCUGCAUCAGUUGUGCAUUCAAAUUCCAGCCAAUAUCAAGGACAUAUUAUGAAUUAUCAGUUCAGGGUAUUAGGGUUUAGGGUUUUAGGGUUUACAGGUUAUGGGUGUAUAUUUGAUUUGAUAUUUUCCUGCAUAUUAUAG